CAAGCUUGGACUCCACCCACCAUCAACGAACUAGGUCACCCGCCGAUUUCGCAUCCAUGCGAAACUCAUCUCUGUCUUGAUUGAUACACCAACAACAACCGAAGCUACCAUUUACCAAGGGAAACAAGCUCGCCGCGAACGAUGACGGACGAUUCCUCCGACUUAUCGUCGCUUUCUUCUCUUUCCCCGGUCCCUUCUGACAUCGAGUCCGAUGGCCCUUCGCAGACCAAGAAUGGUAUCCUAAAGUUCUUCAACAAGCUCCCCAAGGGAGAGAAGAAGAAGCCCUCCCCUCCAGUCAAGGAGCCCUCACCACCACCGCGGAAAAGGUCGCCUUCGCCUCCUCAUGAAUAUACUCUAGCCGACAACCCCGACAUCGCUUUUAUUGUCAUGUUUAGGAGUCGGUUCAACGAGGUGUUCCCCAAAAAUUUAUCCAAUUUUGGACCGCAAGAGCUCGAGAAUGAUAUCAGCGACACGCCUCCGGGACAACGGGUUGAGAACUUCCUUUGCGCCCUAUUAGGGCUGCUGCUUAAUCGCAAGCAGGAUGUCAAGCCUGGUCACUAUAUGCGCGCUCUGGAAGACGCUAUCAGCAGCCACAAAAGCCAGUGGCCUCGAGCCUGGGAUGGCAAGAGUCCUCUGUCCGGCGGGGCCAGCUUUCAUAGCAUGGUCAAUACCGAGAGACUGACCCUACUUCGCGCCCUUGCCCUCUGGUCUCUUUCCGGCUCCGAGGCCAUCCGAACUUUGAUCAACAAGUCCUACAGGCAGAACCGCCACGAAGAUGAUUUGAAUCAACCGCUUUCCGUGCAACCCUGGGGUACCGACUGGGAUAAGAGACGAUACUACCUGAUUGAGGGUUUGGACGACACUGCCUUCCGCGUCUACCGCGAGAGUAACCCCGCCAACCUCAAAAGAACGUGGUGGUCGGUUGCGGGAUCGAUCGAAGAACUCACGGCGUUGGCGGAUAAGCUGGAAACAAAGGACGGUGGACCCAAGGCGAGGAAGCUUGCCCAAAAAAUGAUGACCGCCAUUCCUCGAUUUGAGGCGACUGAAGAGAAACGUCGGCGACGAGAGUACCGACAAGCGCAGAAGAACCGCUUCAAGCGACCCUCACCCGGCUUCUCCCUCUACGAGGGACGCACACGCGGCAAGCGCAUCAAAUACACCUUUUCGGAUGAAGAGGACGACUUCUACACGGAUUCUACGCGCCGCUCCACCCGCAAUACCGGCACACACACGCCCGCUGAGCCCGCAGGUCCUACCACCACGGCGAGCGGUCGUCAGGUCCGAGCGCCCAAUCGCUUGGAUGCUGCCGCCGCGGGCAGCGCGACUGUCGGUGCUCAGGGGGAUGGGUCGGAGCGCGACGAGAACGCCCUCGGCCGUGGUGGUCGUCCCAGGCGAUCCGCAGCCAUCCAUCACGGGACAAACGGCUGGUCCAAACCGACUAGGUCUCGCGACGUCUCGAACGACAUGGACGUGGAUGAGGACCCCAGCGAACCUGAACUCGGAGACGACGAGGAAGGAGACGAGCAUGUGCCGGAAGAGAGCGAGGAGGAAGAGGAAGAAGACGACGAGUUCAACGAGGACGAAAUCAUGGUAGAUGACCAUCUCGAGCAACGGCCCCGGGGCCAACUCAUAGUGGAACUCAAGGUCAACGGUUCGGCGCUCAGCAAGUUAAAGGCAGCAGCAGCAGCCAAGGGGGCCUUGACCCCGUCCCCGGAUAGUAAGGACGGAGAGCAAGAUGGCGAACGGAAACCGAGCGAGGGGGCCCGCCAGAGUCCCUCCGAGGGAAUCGAGCCGGCUGACACGAUCAAGGACAGGACGCCUGAGCCCGAGGAUAAUAAGGUGUCAGACAAGAUGCCUGCGACCCCUUUGGCCUUGCAACCCACGUCUCUGGCUCUUCGAGGUAGCCCGGACAAGCAGCAAGAUGCCGCCGACGGCAAAGAGUAGGCGAGGAAAUGGGGGGGGGGCGGAGAUUCCAGCCUCGGGACGAAACUGAUAGGGACUGGCGUGAUUGGCGUUAUGAGAGAAAAAAACGAACAUUUUGGCAGUCGAUAUUCGUAGGGGUUACGAUACCUUGAGAGGAGGCAUGCCAAAGGUAUUGAUUGCUCUUUACAUAGACACUGGGGGACUUUUGACAAACCCACUAGAGCUGUGUGUGGUCAUGUAUUCUAAGGUUCAGUGGGGAGCACGGUCGUGUUCUAGGACGAUUAUAGGUUUUACACAUGACUCUAAUAUGAGUACAGAAUACUCCGAUCGUUGGCCUGAAGCUAUAGAAGGGACUGAGAAGUAUUACCAUGUCCGGGUCACCUGUAUCUUGACCUCGCAGAUCCCGG